UUCACUUUAAAUAAGAUUAUUUUCAUACUACUAAGAGAAACGAUGUGCGUGGGCGUUGGCCGUCUGCCAAGGCGUCCUCUCGCUGCACUGCCCUGUGACAUCACAGUAGCCUCCACUGCACUUCACUGUCUCUCCGCUUGGUUUCGAACGUCUUUGGAAGAACAUUGAAUUUGUGAAAUCUGCACGGUAUUAUAUUUUUAUAACGAACUCUGAAACGUCCAAACAUCAAGGAAAGAAGAACCAGAUGAACGACCGGUCUGUGAAACUUUCCGUGAACUGUAUUCAGAAUAGCUGGACCCUGUCCGACGACGACAAGUUGAGAAUGGCCAAAUUAGUUGUGGACAAUCAUCGUCUGGCCACAAAACUUCCUGCAAUCACUAAAGAUCUGGUGGACAACAGGAAACAUUGCCCACAGCUCAGUGUAAACACACAGAGAAAGAAGGAGGAGCUCAACCAGCCAAUCAUGACGCAGGAGUCAGAUCACAGGAGGGGCCGUAAAAUGGUUGCGUCCCCCACACAGCGGAAGCCGUCGGCUCUCUUACCAAUGAGGGAAUGGGAUGAGCAGCACCAAAGACAUAUGCAUCAACAAAAGCUGAUAAAGGCCAAAGCUGUUGUUGACACCAAGGGCCCCGAAACACUCCCUCAUAUUAGAGACAAUCGGACGAAAGUCCAGUUGCAGAAAGAAAAGAAAAUGUCUCUGGAAAACAAGCAGAAUGACCAGCGAAUCCUGAUGCUGGAAUCAGGUUUCAGGAGGGACGUCUGGGAAGCUGAUUGGGAAAAGGUCCAGCAAUGGAGAGACAACUGCUCCAGGUUUCCACGAGGAGAGACCAACAAACAGGUUGCGUCCCCCACACAGCGGAAGCCGUCAGCUCUCUUACCAAUGAGGGAAUGGGAAGAGCAGCACCAAAGAAAUAUGCAUCAACAAAAG